UGAUGCGCGAGCUGACCACAGACAGUGGGUUUUGUCACACUCUGUGCUUUAUCCUCACUCGUCCAGGCUGAUCCCUCCCCCGCCAGGACUGUGGGUGGUCCGACUGUCGCAGUGAUGGGUUUCCCUCAAAAGGUCUGACUGUGCCAGCCCAGUGCUCUUCUCCGGGCAUUGGAAUAUUCCCACCUUGGCUCGUCCUCGUUAACCGGCGAGAUCCGUGUACUGGAGAGGGAAGGCCGCUGCAUCUGUGCAGGAUACGGCUACAGAAAAGCCUGUUUCUCAUCAUGGGUUUCCUGGAAUCAAUAUGGCGGCCGAUUAUCGUCGUUGCGCUGCUUUGCGCCGGAAUGGUGCACGCCCACACAGUCAUCGUCUAUCCAGGCUAUCGAGGAAACAAUCUUCACUCCAACGGUACUGUUGAGCAGACAAACGGAUUGGGUUCUGCUUGGGAGAAUAACUCGUACCUCUACCCCUACGGAAUGCAAUGGAUGUAUCCAUGCGGUGGUAUGCCAACGACAACGAAUCGGACCAAGUGGCCCGUGAAGGGGGGGGCUGUUUCCGUUCAACCUGGCUGGUUCCAAGGGCACUCGAAAGCAUUCUUCUACAUCAACAUGGGAUUGGGGACGGAUCCUCCGAACAUGAGCCUUCCAAUGGUGCCUGUCUUCCAGAUCAUCGGCCCGACGAACGAGCCUUACCCAGGCACCUUUUGUCUCCCUCAAGUACCGUUGCCAUCCGGUGUGUCUGUGAAUGUGGGCGACCAUGCGACAAUCCAGGUUGUUGAAGCUUCAAAGAGUGGGGCUGCUCUUUACAAUUGUGUGGACAUCGAAUUCGCCGAACCGGAAGACGUGGACGAAGUGACGAGGGAUAAUUGCUUUAACUCGUCAGAUAUAUCCUUUGACACUAUCUUCACGACAUCUUCUCUUUCGGGUGCGACUAGGCCGCUACGAGUUACGAAGCAGAGCGUCCUUUCGGCUGUGCCGUUACUUGUAGUAGGGCUUUUCGGGUUUGUGAUUUAGAUACCUAUUCUUUUUUUGUCCUCUCCCUCAUUGUUUCCUUUUUUUUUUUUUUUUUUUUUUU